AUGCGUCCUUCGUCAAUAGACAGUGAUGUCAGUGACCAACCCAUUGUUCCUGAUGCCCUGGAGCCCAUUGCUAUUGUCGGUCUUGCAAACCGAUUCCCCCAACAAGCCUCAAAUACUCAAGAUCUAUGGGAGCUGCUUCUAGAAUCCCGCUCAACAUGGUCAUCGAUACCCAGAGAGAGGUUCAAUUCAGAUGCCUUUUACCACCCUGACCCCGAACACGGAGGAACGUUUCAAGUUCAAGGAGGGAAUUAUCUCUUCGAAGACCCCGCCUACUUUGAUGCGUCGUUCUUCAAUAUCACAAAAAGUGAACUCUUGAGUCUAGACCCUCAGCAGCGGUUGGUUAUGGAAAAUGUGUACCAUGCUUUGGAAAACGCAGGUAUUCCCAUGUCCAGUGCUGUUGGAUCCAAUACCUCUGUUUUUGUCAGCGGGUUCAAUCAUGACUACCUCGGUAUCCUCAACUCGGACCCUGAGACGUCUCUUAAAUACAAACCCACUGGUGUCACAAACGCAAUCCUGUCAAACCGUGUCAGCUGGUUUUUUGACUUCAAAGGACCAAGUAUGACUAUAGACACUGCUUGUUCUAGUAGCUUGGUGGCAUUACAUCUCGCUGUGCAGAGUCUCAGGUCUCGAGAGACCGACAUGGCCAUCGUGAGCGGCGUGAGCAUUCUCAAGAACCCGGUGGAAACCAUCGGCAUGAGUCACCAUGGUCUUCUAGGACCUCAAGGGCGCUCCUUUAGCUUUGACUCACGGGCUGAAGGAUAUGCAAGAGGGGAGGGGGUCGGAACAGUUGUUUUAAAACCCCUCCAUUCUGCAAUUCGGGAUGGUGACUCUAUUCGCGCAGUCAUUCGUGAAACAGGAGUCAACCAGGAUGGCCGCACAUCAGGAAUCACAGUGCCCAGUUCGGAAGCCCAAGAAAGACUUAUUCGCGAGGUCUACUGGAGAGCCGGCCUUGAUGUUGAGGCUACGAGAUUUGUCGAAGCCCAUGGUACGGGAACAAGCACCGGAGAUCCAAUUGAGGCCGGCGCUCUUGCACGCGCAUUCAAGUGCCGGAGAGAUACUCCGCUCUAUAUUGGGGCCAUUAAAUCUUCCAUUGGACAUCUGGAAGGAGGCUCCGGAGUAGCAGGUAUUAUCAAGGCUAUCCUAACCCUCGAAUCCGGCAUAAUCACGCCGAACUAUGACAUGAAGCAAGUCAACCCAAAGAUCCCUGCGACAGAAUGGGGGAUUUCUUUCCCCACUGAGAAUAUUCCAUGGCCCUCCCAGGGGCUACGAAGAGUAUCUGUUAAUUCAUUCGGUAUCGGUGGCACCAAUGCCCAUUGCAUUCUCGAUGACGCCUACAAUUAUCUCAAUGAUCGUCGACUGACAGGAGCUCACUGCACUGCUCCAGUUGUCCCAACAAAACAAAACAUCAAGCGCCAAGUCUUAGCUAUUUUCAACAACAAUAACAAAGAAACGGACCAUACUUUCUCGGAAAGUGCAGAAGAAAGUGAUCAAUCAGGACAGGAAUACGUACUUAUUGACACCCCAUCAACAGACGACUUCUGCUCAUCAGCCACUUAUACCCCCACUGGCCACACAAACGUGGGCGAACAAAAGAAGAUAUUCGUGGUCUCUGCCUUCGAUGAAGAUGGGGUCAAGCGGAAUGCUGAUGCUCUUUCCAAGUACCUUAAGCGCAAGAUGCAGCAGUCGGGCCUCCACGUACAACUUCUUGACGAUCUUUCCUUCACUCUUUCCAAGAAAAGAUCCCAUUUCUACUGGAAGAGUUAUGUCAUGGCCUCUUCUAUCAAAGAGCUUGCAUGGAGCCUGUCAGGAUGCAAUUAUACCAGACCUAUCAGAACUACCCAAACGCCGAUUGUUCAAUUUGUCUUCACCGGUCAAGGUGCUCAGUAUCAGGCCAUGGGGAGAGAGCUCAUGAUAUAUCCUAUUUUCCGUGAAUCUCUGGAAGAGGCUUCUGACUAUAUUCGUCGAUUAGGUAGCCCCUGGUCACUACUACAUGAGCUCCUGACCGAACGAACAUCACUCCGAGUCAACUUACCAGAAGUUGCUCAUCCGCUGUGUACAGCCCUACAGGUUGCUCUUGUAGACCUUCUAGCCAGCUGGGGCAUCUUCCCAACACAAGUGAUAGGCCACUCAUCUGGUGAGAUAGCAGCUGCUUACUGUUCCGGAAAGCUAUCCCGAGAAGCUGCUUGGAAAGUCGCAUACCUCCGUGGAUAUGUGUCAUCUAAGCAACUAUCGGCGAACGGAGCAAUGAUGGCAGUGGGUCUCUCUGUGCAGCGACUGGAGCCAUAUUUGAAGUCUGUACGGAAAGACCUGACUGGGGAGCUCGUCAUUGCUUGUCAAAAUAGUCCCAAGAACAAUACUGUUUCCGGAGACGAGGCUUUGAUUGACUGCCUCAAAGAUCUUCUUGACGACGACGCGGUCUUUGCUCGAAAGUUGAAUGUCAAGAAUGCCUAUCACUCAGCUCACAUGCAAGCUAUCGCUGACGACUAUCUCCGCUUAAUGGGAACGCUUCUCCACGGAAGGCGAUUGGCAGCCCCUCAUCCAGUGCAGAUGUUUUCUACUGUGACUGGAAAGGAACUCAGAGAGCAUCAACUGCUUGGUCAAUAUUGGGUCGAAAAUAUGGUAUCUCCUGUCCUUUUCACCACCGGCUUGGCUGAAAUGACAUCUCAAUCCAAUGCAUAUGCUGGUUUAAGCGACUCAAAUCUCUUACGCUUCCUAGUGGAAAUAGGACCUCACUCAACUCUGCAAAGUGCAAUCAAGGAAUCUCUCAUUUCGGAUAGCCCCAAACUGGAAUACAAGUAUUCAAGUCUGCUCAAGCGAACAGAUCAAAGCUUGAACAACAUCCUCACUACUGUGGGCUGCUUAUCUGCCAACGGCUAUGAGUUGGAUUUCCAUGCCGUGAACAAAGCUUCCCAAUCACCAACAAGAGAAUCUCGGCUGUUGGUGGAACUACCACCAUACAGCUUCAAGCAUACAGAGAAGAUCCUUUAUGAGAGUCGGUUGAGCAGGAAUUUGCGAACAAGGAAGUUCCCACGUCAUGACCUCUUUGGUGCUCCAAGCACAGAUUGGAAUCCAAUUGCCCCUAGAUGGAGGCAUUUUAUCAGAAUAGACGAGAAUCCUUGGUUGAGAGACCAUGUGGUUACAGGAAACCAUGUUUAUCCCGGCGUGGGCUAUCUUAUCAUGGCCAUCGAAGCAUCGCGUCAACUGGCUGGUGAUGAAAAGACACAAGCGAAGAUCACCGGAUUCCAUCUCCGACGAGUCUCGAUGAAAAGAGCAUUGAUUGUCCCUGAUACAAAAGAAGGGAUUGAAGUGUCUCUAUCAAUGGCCACCGUUGACGAUUUUCCAUCUACAUCAAAAGUAUGGCGACACUUCCAUAUAACGUCCUACAAUACUUCAAGCGAUGAGUGGACAGAGCAUUGCACUGGCCAGAUCAUGGUUGAGCACGAAUCAGCACCUGAUUCAAUUGACGUUGGUCGCGAGGCAGCAGAAGAGAUAAAGGCUUGGAAAGAUGAUCUCGCACAUGCAAAUCAAGUCUGCAACAAUCCUCUCAACUUCAAAUCCAUUUACAGUAACCUUCACAGAUCUGGACUGGCUUUUGGCCCAUUGUUCCAGAAUCUUUCAGAGGUCCAUGGCAGUGGCCUUGGUCUCAGGUCAGCCAUUGGGUCUGUUGUUGGGUCAGUGAUCAUUCCAGAUAUCGCGCAGCACAUGCCAAAACAGUUCCUGCAUUCUCAUUUAAUCCAUCCUGCCACAAUGGAUAGCAUGAUCCACCUCAUGAUUGCAGCUGUGAUUGACUAUACAGGAAAUUCCAGCCUAGACCAAAUCAGGUUGCCAACCUUUAUUCGCGAUGUCUGGGUGUCGGCAGGUCUGAACUCAGCCCCAUCGCACAUAUUCACAGGACACGCUUCUAUAUCUGCAUUGAAGUCCCAGAAGUUUGAGGGUCAAAUUAGGAUUUUAGAUGCGCAGUCAAGUAUACCACGUAUCCGCAUGGAUGGUAUUGAGCUCACUCCCCUUGAAAGCAGCGUUUCUCAAACUGGUGAGCGAAAGCUAUGCACCACGAUUGAAUGGAAACCUGACGUGCACUUUCUUGAUUCCGACUCCGCUUGUGGCUUGACAACUCUUGCAUCUAUUAAUGACGAGGAAGCUAAACACUGGGUGAAGCAGCUCCAGCUUGCCACAAUGAUCUAUGUGACUGAUGCACUCACCGAGCUCAAGAAUGUCGAUUUCAUGAAGCUGGAUAAUCAUAUGCGAAGAUUUGUUGAUUGGAUGAAAUUUUAUCAACAGCUACUCGAGUCCAACGAAAUUAUCCAUCUUCCCUACAAAGAAUUCCAGCAGGUUGCACAGGAUCCUGCUUUGAGGGAAGCCAUUGACAACCAAAUCGAAUCACACAGUGCUGAAGGAGCCAUCACUGCCCGAAUGGGCCGAAAUAUUGUCAAGGUUAUCAGACAAGAGGUUGAUCCACUGCAUCUCAUGUUCGGUCAAGACGAUGUGAUGGAGCAAGUCUAUAAGGAAGGUCUCCAUCUCUAUAACCUACCUCAACAUCUUCAAAGUCACUUGUCUCUACUUCGUCAUCAACAUUCAGAAUUGAAGAUCCUUGAGAUUGGUGGUGGUACUGGUAGCUUCACUGCCGAGGUUCUUGCCAUCUUGUGCCCAGACCCUGGGAGGGACAAGGGCAGCGUAGCCAGCUACACAUUCACCGACAUCUCAUCUGGCUUUUUCGAAAAGGCUAAGCAACGAUUCCAGCCAUGGGCGAAUGUCAUGGAUUUUCAAUCACUCAAUAUUGAGAGAAAUCCAGUCGAUCAAGGGCUGCAACUAGAGAAGUAUGACUUGAUUUUAGCUGGAAAUGUCAUCCACGCCACGGCCAACUUGCAAGCCACUUUGCAAAAUCUUCGGUCUCUGCUUCGCCCAGGGGGUCAGCUUAUCAUGCAGGAAGGUAUCAGACAAGACUUCCUCUGGUAUCCGCUGGUUUUCGGGCAGCUUCCUGGUUGGUGGCUUGGUGAUGAGCCUAACAGAAGGUUGUGUCCUUAUAUUGCCUCCACUGAAUGGUAUUCACUCCUACGGGCAUCGGGAUUCUCUGGCAUUGACAUCGAGUAUCCUAGCUCUCAUGAUCCAGACCUGACUUGGCAGAGUAUUUUGGUUUCUUCUGCUGUCACUUCUGCUGUCAAAGCGUCCGAAGGGAACUCACUUGGUGAUGUUAUCAUCAUGACGAGUGGUGCAUAUCCCAAGAGCAUGUAUGAGCCUCUUGAAUCCCGGCUCCGUGGAGUAGGAUACACCAAUGUUCUCCUCUUGGAUCCCUCAGAGGUCAAGAAUAACUUGAAGCCAGAUUGCCUUUGCAUCUCACUACUUGACCUGGAUUUCGACUAUCUCGAAGAUACAAGUGCAUCAAAAUUCGAAACACUGAAGGAAAUCUUGACCAAAUGCCAUAAUAUAUUGUGGGUGAAAAUUGAUAGUCAAUCUCGACUGCAUUCAAGCAUGAGCCUAGGUCUUCUCCGAUCCUUGCGUUGGGAGCGAGAUGCAGACGGCUCCAAUAUUGUCAUUUUGACAGUGGCAGACGACAACAUCUGCCUAAAUACAACACUGGAUCAGAAAAUAGGCGAGAUUGUGAAGCACCAAUUUGUGGACACACCUGGUAUUGACCGUCACGCUGAGUAUCUGAUACGCGAUGGUAUAACCCAUAUCGGCCGCUUACAGGAGUCCGAUAUUGCAGAUCAGUUCCUUGCCAGCCAAUCAUCUGGGCCAAGGCCUAGCCUCCAACGAAUCGGUCACAUCGAUCAACCUAUUCAGUUGCAGGAGUCAGAGACCGGAGACUUUGGCUGGGUCAUCGAUCAGCAACAUGAAGCCCCGAUGGGUGCUAAUGAAGUCGAGAUCUAUACGCAGGCAGUGGGUCUCAGCUCAGCUGGUCUUUCCAAAGUUUUCUCUAAUGAAGUUGCCGGGUUCGUGACGAGAAUCGGGUGUUCUGUGAUCGACCUCAGCUUAGGCGAUCGAGUUGCAUGUAUCUCUGCCAACAAUUACGACUGCUUUCGAACGAAUAUCCGAGUUGAUCAGGGUUUGGUGGCCAAAAUUCCUACCAACAUCACAUUUGAGACUGCCGCCAGUCUGCCUGUUGCGCUCUUGACAGCGGAAUUUGCUUUGAAUCAAUCAGAAAUCCACGCGUCAGGAAAUCCUUCCGAUCCAAAUCUCCGAUGCGCCGUGUUAGUCCAUGAUGGUAUGGCACCUGCUAGUCGAGCGGUCAUUCAAGGUGCGCUUGAUUAUGGAGCUGUGGUAUAUGUCUGUGUUGCAACAGUUCAUGACCGCAUAGUCAUUUCUUCGCAAUAUGAGAUCCCCGAGCAUCAGAUUUUCUCUAAUCGAGACUCCUCAUUUUCAAAGGUUGUUAUACGAUGCACCAAUGGCAAGGGAGUUAUGUUUAGUUACAACACUCCAUCCGGCGAGGCGUUCCAAGAAACAUUGAAAUGUCUUUCUCCAUUCGGAACGAUCUUCCAGUUCACAGGUUCAGAGCAAGAUGCAAGAACUACAGUUGAUCUGGCUUCACUUCCCCAAUGUGCCAGCAUACGCAGGGUGAACAUACCUCUGAUGGCUCAACGUGGAGGGGAUGUUGCUCUUCGGCUUUCAGACCGACUCUAUUCUUGUCUUGAAUCUUACUCUAAUGGCUCAACUAAAGAAAUUCAAUCUGUGACUGUCAUGGACUUUUCACAAAUCAAGGAAGGCAUCCAAGCCCGGAACAGUGGCAAAGGGGGAAGCAUCGUCUUCACUCUCAACCCAACGACCCUUAUUCCUGUCAUCCCACAACCACCAACACCAUAUCAAUUCGAUUCAAAUGCCUCUUACGUUCUCGCCGGUGGGUAUGGUGGCUUAGGCCGCAGUCUUACACGAUGGAUGGCAUCUCGCGGUGCAAGGAAUCUAAUCUUCCUCUCUCGCUCAUCGGCAUCAACACCAGAGAAAGUGAAAAUGCUCACCGACCUCACCAACAUGGGCUGCAUAGUCCAUUCUUUCGCAUGUGAUGUUUCAGAUGCCGGAACUCUCGAAGCAUUAUCCGAAUCAACAUUUCCCAAUCUACCUCCCAUCAAAGGAUGCAUCCAAGCCUCCAUGGUCUUACGAGAUUGCGCCUUCGAAUGCCUCUCAUACGAAGACUGGCAAGCAGCCAUCAAACCCAAAGUCCAAGGCUCCUGGAACCUACACAAGACCCUUCCCAAAGACAUGGACUUUUUCGUGAUGCUGUCCUCCGUCGCAGGCAUCUUCGGUAACCGCGGACAAUCAAACUACGCAGCAGGAAACACUUUCCAAGAUUCACUGGCCGCCCACCGAGUCUCACAGGGCCUGAAAGCGUCCAGCCUCAAUUUGGGGAGUGUGUCCAAUGUGGGCUGGGUAGCCGAAAACAGGGAUACGAUUCGCACCAACACGGCACCAUUAUUCGAGCUUCUGAGUGAGGAUGAAGUACACGCAGCUGUGGAAUUCCUCAUUGAUCCCCGGAACGAUGAAACAUCAGCUCACGGUUCGCCUCCUCGGUCUCAGCUUGUCCUUGGUCUUCCCACCGCAGAGAUGUGUCGCCAAAACGGUGUGCCGGCGCCUGCAUACCUCAACUACUCAAUGUUCACACACUUCCGUGAUGCAGCCAAGGCUAAGAGCGGUGAAACGUCUGAGCAGAGGACUGUCAGUACUGCUGUGCUCCUGCGAACCGCUUCUAGUCCUGAGAGUGUCGUCACCGUGAUUUCGAACGGAAUUGUUGAUCGGCUUGCUGCUUUACUUGCCAUUCCUGCCUCGGAAAUUGAUGUUCAACGCUUUGGCUUUGGCAGUAUUGAUUCACUUGUCGCUAUGGAGUUCCGCUCGUGGAUUACUAGAGAGCUUCAGGCUGAGGUCUCGCUGUUGGAUAUCAUGGGGGCUGAGAAUAUUAGGGCUUUGAGUGAGAGAAUUGCUGGAAGGACACGGCUUAUCAAUGGCACUGCUUGA